AUGCCUCCUAAGGGGAAGUCCAAGGCUCUGUCGGAUGCUUCAUCGCUGGAGGUCCCGCCUACUGUGGAUGCUCCGUCCUCGUCUCCUGUUUCUGCUCCUGCUCCUGCUCCAUCUGACUCUGCACGCAAGGGCAAGGGCAAGGUGGAAGACUCUGGCAAUGUGACUCAUGCUGAAGCAACGGCGAGCGGUUCUGGUGUUUCUCUGGAGGAGAAGCUGCGCUCACUCUGCAAGUCUGCUCCUGACAGUGGUUUUCUUGAAGACGACUCCGACGAAGAGCUUGAAGUCGAGGUCAAGACUGAGGCCUUCAACCACGUCUGCUUCACGGCGAUUCUUCUGCUGCCUGUGGAUCUGUCCUUGGAGGUGGCUUCUGUCAUUACCACGGUGCGGACCCUGAUGAGGCGCGUGUGGGCUUCCACGCUCUCCGACGGGGCUGCUGAAUCGGCGAAGUUUCAGGAGCUCCUUCCGGCGUAUGUGGCGAAAACCCGCUACAGUCGGCUGCAGGUCUCUCUCCUGCGUGAAGAUGAUAUCGUGAGAAUCAGAUCGAAGGAGGUUGACUACGCGCGGCCUAACGGCGCGGUGUUCAGGCUCUACUGGCAGCACACGGACAACCCUGCUUUUGUCAGGGAGCGCGCAACGAAUGCUCAAGCGAUUGAAGUGAUGAUUCGCGACGUACCAGCAACGAAGACGCCAGAGAUGCUGCGCGAGCUGAUGGUGCUUUACCAGCUGCGGAACCGGAAGCAGUCGGCGUUUAAGGAUGGCGUCUGCUUCCACCGCGUGCUGCAUCCUGUUACUGGUGCUGACACCGACGUCAUCAAGGGUCUCGUGAUCCCGCAUCCUGGAGACCGAUACCGCUGGCGCCAUGUUUUCCAGGACCCGUUGGAGAUCGGCCGUCGCUUCUUGUUGUACCAUGCAACCGCAUCCCUUCCGGCCUCGCCUCUGAUUACUCCUAUCCUGUUGGACCCGGCGAUCGUGCUUAUUUCCACUGGAGGGAACCGGGAGGAGUGGAUCUGCACGCAAGUGGGCUGCGGGAAGGCCAAGGGAAAGAGUUUUAUGUCGGCGGCAGACCACAUCACGUCGGCCAACCACCUCAUUCACCUGGAGCAGCUCGGUUCUGCCACCCGUGCCUCACUCGAGAAGGCGAGCCUCACGGUUACGAAGAAGGACUAUGGGAUCUGA